AUGGCUGCUGCCGGCCAGUCGGUGGUGCUGAGCAUCUUCACGGGCGCCGUGGAUCCCCUGGUGCUUGCCGUGAAGAAGGAAAAGCUCAGAGCGAUCGUUCUGUCCUGCCCGAUGCAGAAUCUGACAGAAGUUCCGGUGCCCGCGAAGAUAACGGAUGCAAGGCAGUGUGCAGUGGAAAUCCUGGACAAUGGCCUGGAACAGGGACUGGACAAGACUGCUCAGGAGGUCACGCUGAAGCUGCUGUGGAAGCAGGACAAGGAUGUGCCGUAUGCGACCGCAUCCCGCUGGGUGUCUCGAUGCCUUGCUGACUACUCAGGCGGAAGCAGUUUGCACUGGGACUUAGAGCCUGAGCCGACGGGCCUGGGCGGUUCUCAACCCGGUGCGCAGGUUGGGCCGAUACCCUCGCCAAGUGAAGCAAAAGCUCCUGACAUCCAAUCGCAUCUCGUUCGACAGGUGAAAUUGUUGCAAAGGCAACCACUUGAAGGGUACCAAGGCGGUGGCAAACUUGGUGAAGGAAGUUUCGGCCUUGUUGUGAGAGCGAAACGAGCAACCGAUAAUGAUGAUGUUGCCAUCAAGCUCUUGAAAGACGAUUUGGAAGCUUUUCAGGAUGUGGUUUUCGCCACCCAGCUUCAAGAUCAUCCCAACAUCGUGCAGCUUCUGGAUGCUGGCAUUUGGAUGGACAAAUCGGCCGCUGUGUGGGAACUGGCCUGCAGUUCCGUCCAUAUGGAGAUCGAAAAAACAGGACAACUCCAACGCAACGUCCUUGAUUCGGUGGCUUCUUGUGUCACCCAGGGGUUGGCUUUCAUGCAUUGUUUAGACAUUGCCCACCGAGACUUGUCGACUAAUAAUUUGUUGCUUUUUCCUGAGGGCGUGGCCAAAAUUGGAGAUUUGGGCGGCUGCGCAUGCUUGCGGCCAGGCAUGACAUCUGGUCUACGGACUUUCGGCCAAUGCACGACUUUGCCUUAUCGGGCGCCUGAAAUCUUGUUUGGGGAUGCCUGGCACGUCCGUGUGGAUAUUUGGGCUUUCGGAUGCUGCUUCAUGGAGAUGUACAAGGGCAGUAAGUUCUUUGCUGUGACCAGCAAAUUGGAGCUGCAGUUCCACAUCUUGCGCCUUCUCGGUUGCAAGGACAUUGCGAUCAGUCUGACAUGA